AUGAUGGGUUAUGAAAAGACAUAUUCACCAUUGAAAAUAGAUGAAUACAAAGUCAAAUCAAUGCCCAGUCACCUCGUUGCUCUACUCAAUCACUUCAAUGUAAACAAAGUCAUUGUCGUCGGACACGAUUGGGGAGCUCGAGUAGCAAAUCGAUUCGUAUUAUAUCAUCCUAAGCGAACUGUGGGUCUUGUGAUGAUUAAUGAUGGUUAUAGCGCACCAGCAAUCUUUGAUCUUGAUCAAGCCCUCGAAAAUUCGAAGAAAAGUUUUGGUUAUAAAACACUGGGCUAUUGGAAAGUUUUUGUGUCUGAUGAUGCAGCUUCAAUGCUUGAAAACAAUUUGGAAAGCUUCAUCGAUCUUACUUUCGCAAAUGAUCCUCUACUCUGA